UCUAAUCUAUGGUGGAAAAACAUAACCUUGCUGGAAGUUAGGUUAUAUUUAUCUUCAACAUUUUUCAACUAAUAAUAGAAGUUUUUAUAAAUGCUUUUAGAAAAGAGUAAUUAAAGAUAUUUUAUAUACAGAUAAUGUCUUUCUUAGUGAGUCGCCUAAUCGGUAAUAGUAGGCUUUAUGUGAACUCCUUAAAAUUACGGAAUUAUCCUAAAAAUACCACCAUACUUCAAAACAUUAUCAGAUCACAGUCAGAUCUUCAAUCCUAUCAAAUAGUUGAUCCUAAACACGAUGAAAAUGUUUCUAAAGAUGUUAUUCAGAAAGUAAGUAACCAGAUAGCUAAUAACCAGCAAGGUCGUAUGUUUGCAGUAGUACAUGUAGCUGGUAAACAAUUUAAAAUUACUACUGGAGAUUUGAUAGUUAUUGAAGGUUACUGGCCCCCAGACAUUGGAGAUAAACUGAAUUUAAAUAAAGUUCUUGUACUUGGAGCAAAGGACUUCUCUCUAAUAGGAAGGCCUAUUGUUCAACGAGGCUUGGUGAAUGUUCAUGCUGUAGUUAUUGAAAAAACUCUAUCCCAUACUAAGACACAUUUUCGCAAAAAAAGGAGGAAACAGUAUACAAAUAUAAACUGUAAGUAUAAUAGAAGGAAACUUAUCUGUUUCUCACAUGUUUCUUAUAAAAUAGUAAAUGAUAUUCUUUUAUUAUCUCUAUCUAAUUCUUUUCCUUUUAAUAAAUUCAUCGGUUUUUAUUGUAUUUCAUUCAUCAUUUUCUCUUUAGUUUCUUUCUCCUUUUCUUCUUUUGAUUUAGUUGUUACUCCUAUUUGGUAUUAUUCCUUUAUUUUUAUUUUGUGUCAUACUCCUCAGCUUAAUAUUUUUUUCCUCUAUUCUCGUGUGACCAUUUGUUCUUCUCCAAGGAUUUAAUCUGCAAUAUUUUUUUAUUGUAUCUCCAUUAUUU